AUGGAUAGUUCAUAUCUACUUCUUCCCCCAGCGGCCCGGAGCUUCUUCAGCACUCGCGAUAGUGCCAUGUGGGACCUCAACGAGUACGCCCGCCACCAGGGCUACGCUAUCACUAUUAAGCGAUCCAACGGCAAAGCCACGUACCUACACUGCGACCGGUCCGGCGAUCCUGAUGAUCGUUGCUCAGGCGGUGAAAAUGCCCGCCCAGCCGCCUCCUCGCGCUGUAACUGUCCUUUUUUAGCUGUUCUCCGAGUCCGGGAACAUGGGCAACGCCUGGAAUUCACCGUACAGCACGGCAAUCAUAAUCACCUCGGCUCGCACCCAAUUCUUCACCCGACGCAUCGACAGUAUGAUAUCGCACGGGUACGCCCACGCAUUAUUGGGUAUUUCUCCCUUGGUAUGACAGCUCUAGCAAUCAUCAAUCUCCUGCGACAAGAAGCCCUCCGAGCUCGAAUCCAGGCCCCUUGUAUCACCCCUAGCGACCUCCGGAAUCUCCAUCAGUAUACCAAACGCCUAUUCCUCGGCCCAAAAACCUCCAUUCAAGCGGUCCUGACAAAUCUGAAGGAUGAUUGGGAGAUAUACUGGGAAAUGGAGUUGGGUAGUGACAUUAUCAGCCAGGCGUACUUUGCAUCCAAAGAAGGACUACGGCUUCUUCGCCGAUACCCUUUUAUGUUGUGGAUUGAUGCCACGUACAAGACGAACAGAUAUCAUAUGCCGUUGGUCAAUAUUGUCGGUAUGGCAGCCACUAAAAAGACCUUCUUCGUUGCUUGUGUUUUCGUGAGCAACGAGCGCCAGGAAUCCUACGAUUGGGUACUCGAUACCCUACGGGAUAUACUGGAUUUACAGCAGAUUCAAGUACCGGAGACGUUUUUCUGUGAUAACUGUACUGCUUUGCUCACUGCCAUUGAUCAGGCCCUUCCUGGCACGAAGGGCCUGCUCUGUUAUUGGCAUAUUAUGAAGAACAUCGAGGCCAAGGUCUGCCCAAUUCUUCAGCGGCAAGUGCUGUUGUCACACCCAGAUCGGGACAUUCGCCAAGUACGAGAGGAUACUAUGGAGAAAUGGAAGUCAGCUAAGUCACUCUUGAACACUGUUAUCUUUGCUCUAACAGUGCCGGAGAUGGAGCGAGCUUUGGAAAGCAUUUGUUAA